GAUUGUUUGUUUUCCUUGUGAGCAAAACGUAAACAGUACUGCCCAUCUGUUCAGUAGUUUUCCACCAAAGAGAAUAGUAUUUAAUAUUUUCCGCUCUAUUAAGCCAUUCUGAGUCCAAAACAUCUUACCAGCUUCGCCAUGAAACUGAACGAACAUCUGCAGAUUGUCGGCAACAACGUAAUUUUAGUACCAUACGAAAGCAAACACGUUGAGAAAUAUCACCGAUGGAUGCAGAGUGAAGAACUGCAGCAGCUAACCGCAUCGGAACCACUGACCCUCGACCAGGAAUACCAAAUGCAGCAAAGCUGGCGUAACGAUGAAGAUAAGUGUACCUUUCUCGUCCUCGAUCGCGAACGCUUCGAACAGACGAGGGACGAAAUUGAGGCGCUCGUCGGUGACACCAACAUUUUCAUCCAAUCCAGCACCGAGCCGGACGCCGAACCGUCCGAUCGAUUGCUGGGUGAAAUAGAAAUCAUGAUCGCUGAACCAUCGGCCCGCGGGAAACGCUUCGGCUGGGAGGCGACACUCUUGAUGCUCCUGUUCGGCGUGGAACAUUUGCACCUGCAGCAGUACAUCGCCAUCACGAAGGACACGAACGAGCGUGCGAUGCGAAUGUUCGAGCGGAUGCAAUUUCGCGAAACCAAACGUACGCCCGUGUUCCGGGAAGUUAGCUUCGGCCGACCUGUGGAGGAGGAUUGGAUUGCGUGGCUUCGACGCGCGGUAGGAUCGUACACGAUCGCACCCUAUCCGAAAGAGGAGAAUAUUCUUUAAAGUUACCCACUUCCAGCGUGACGUUGUGGUGCGUGUGUGUGUGUUUUACUUCAAGAUGGAGAAGUAUAACAUUUAUUUUACUCUCUCGUCUUUACUGUGUUCUACAGUCUCCAAACGGGUCGUCUAAAGACAAUCCUGAUCGUCCUACCGUCUCCGUUCGCUCGUGACCCUGUGUGUGUGUACGACUUUUCCUAAUAUUUAGCUAUUUUUGGCAGAUUAUUGUAGUUCGUUCGUUCGUUUUUUGUUUGUUAUUCUUGUCGAAGAGUGGCUUUUUCUUUGCUUGAUUUUCCAUGCUCUCCCUACACGCUUAUGUAUAAUAUUAUUACGAUGCUUUAGUUCCGCGCACCACGAACGAACGGCCACCAAGCUAUCCCCCGCCACAGAGUGCGGCAUUUUAAAUCAUUUUUCACCAUAAAAAUUGUACAAAUUAAUAGCCAGCAAACUUGACGGGGGCACGUUGUCCUUCGUGCGAGCGCUUGUGUGACUGUUUUAAAUCUCUGUGGCAGUAUUGAUUUCAUUGUUGCAUUUCGAUUACGGUUACGGCGGUAUCAACCGUUCAUCCAUCGGUUGUGGUUGGUUGGUUGAUGCUUCGCCACUUAUCCUCUUUCCCUACACUUGGGUUUGGUUUUUACACUUCUUCGUCAAAAAAACAAAGAGUUUGAGCACGACA